UCGGUACAUAACAUAGCAUCAAUCAAGCUGUAGAUAAAUAGAGCAAACGAGCGCAACAAAAACCUCAAUAACUAGCUAGCUUUCUUUGUGCAUACCAAAAGGGAGACCAAAAACAAAAAUGGGCUCUGAAACCCCUUCCAUUAAGCUUCCUCUCAUUGAUUUCUCCAUACCCGGAGGACUAAAACCAUGUACCCCGGAAUGGGACUCAGUGAGGUCCCAAGUCCGGCAAGCACUCGAAGAGUUCGGUUGUUUCGAGGCAUCCUUCAACAAAGUUCCUUUAGACAUUCGAAAAGCAGUUUUUGAUGCACUUAAACAACUUUUUGACCUCCCUUUACAAACCAAAGUACGAAACGUUUCUAACAAACCUUUUCAUGGCUAUGUUGGCCAAUAUCCUCAGGUACCCCUCUUUGAGAGUAUGGGCAUCGAUGAUGCCACCGAUUCCCCUAAAGUUGAAAGCUUCACUAACAUCUUCUGGCAUCAAGGAAACCCAAGCUUUAGCAAAACCGUGCAACUCUUCUCCAAACAAUUAUCGGAGCUAGAUCAAAUAGUCCGGAGGAUGAUAUUGGAGAGCUUGGGACUAGAGAAAUACUUGGAUGAACAUAUGGAAUCGACAAACUACCUUCUUCGGGUGAUGAAAUAUAAGGGACCUCAAAGCACAGAUACUAAGUUGGGACUGAACGCUCACACAGACAAAAACAUUGUCACUAUUUUGUAUCAAAACCAAGUCGAGGGACUAGAGGUCCAGACCAAAAAUGGUGAUUGGAUCACUGUGAAACCCUCACAGGAUUCCUUCACCGUCAUGAUCGGUGAUUCUCUCUAUGCUUGGACAAAUGGUAGACUACAUUCUCCAUUUCAUCGAGUGAUGAUGACUGGAAAUGAGGACAGGUACUCUACCGGAUUGUUUUCGAUCCCAAAGGCAGGUUACACAAUAAAAGCUCCAGAAGAGGUUGUUGAUGAAGACCACCCUUUGCUUUUUAAGCCCUUUGACCAUGUGGAGUUUCUCGGAUUCUACUAUUCAGAGGCAGGUCAGAGAGCUGAAUCUGCCCUUACGGCUUAUUGUGGUGUAUAAAGUAAAGCAAUUGCUGUGUGAGACGACUCUUGGUUAAAUUGUAUUUUCAAAUCUUUUUCUUUUAUGUAUCAGGGUCUCAAAUCCAUGUACAAUUUUAUCUUCUACCAAAAUAAAUGCAGAUCUUUGAGACAGUAUCA